GCUGAUUUUGCCACACAGACCUGGCAACCCUGGCGUUCAGCAGUUGGAGAGAUUUACAGGGAGCAGAGAUCAACUCGACGACACGGGGUUGUGUGUUAUCCAUCUGCAGAGCGACGUGGAGUUUACUUCGGUUGGCAAUAAAAAAAAAUCGACGCCAGCUUGUAAUGGCAACGCGCUGGGGGAUAUGCAGUGCCGGUAAAAUUAGUCACGACUUCUCGGUUGCUUUGCGGACCCUGAGUCCCGGGGACCACGAGAUAGUGGCUGUCGCAGCCAGGAACCUGCAGCAUGCUGAAGAAUUUGCCAAAAAGCACAACAUCCCUAGAUCAUAUGGAAGUUAUGAUGAGUUGGCAAAAGAUGCAGACGUUGAUGUGGUAUAUGUUGGCACCAUCCAUCCUUUCCACCUGAGUACUGGCAGGCUCUUCAUGAAGUCUAAAAAGAAUGUGCUGAUUGAGAAGCCCCUGGCCAUGAAUUCAAGGGAGGUGCAGGAACUCAUCACUGCAGCCCGAGACAACAGUGUCUUUCUCAUGGAGGCAAUUUGGACACGUUUUUUUCCUGCAUCCCUGGAGGUGAGGAGACUGCUGCAACAGGGGGAGGUAGGUGAUGUUCAGAUGGUGAGGGCUGAUCUGGGGGCUCCGCUCAGUCACAUCCCCCGCCUGGCCGAGAGGAAGCUAGGAGGGGGGGCACUGCUGGACCUGGGCAUCUACUGUCUGCAGUUUGUCUUCAUGUGCUUUAAUGGCGAGAGGCCCGAGUCCAUCCAAGCCACGGGGCAUUGCAUAGACACAGGUGUUGAUGGAACUGCAGUUUUGGUCCUGAAGUUCGCAGGGAACAGACUAGCCAUCUGCACUUGUUCCAUCACCAUGAUGCUGACCUGCGAUGCGGUUAUCACUGGGACCAAAGGCACCAUAAAGGUGCCCCGCCAUAUGUGGUGUCCUACAACGUUGGAGGUAAAUGGGAAGGAAAUGCAAUUUCCCCUGCCGGAGACGGGCAUGCCACUUAACUUCACCAACAGUACAGGUCUACGAUAUGAGGCUGAUGAGGUCCGCCGCUGUCUGCUGAAAGGACUAAAGGAGAGUCCGGGGAUGCCAUGGGCUCACUCCAGCCUAUUAGCAGAGGUUAUAGAUGAGGCGAGAAGACAACUGGGGGUGACAUAUGACCAGGACAGCAUUCAGUGAUGUGUUCUAAGUGACAACUAGUGAGCAGACCUUUACCUCAUCAUGCAGAAUGAUGAAAUGUUUCCUACUGAGUUCAACCAUCAUUCAUUGUUUUUUUUUUUUUUAUGUGCUUUCCUACUGUGACAUGUCAAAGUAUCUUCUUUGAUAAUAGUCUGUUACAGUCUUAAUAGCAACCUCUUUCCCUUAUUGUUUUGAUUUUUGUUUUUUUCAGUUUCAUUUUGAACAAAUUUCAGUGACUCCAUUGUCUUCUCAUUAGGCAAAUAAACUCAAGUGAA